GCAAUGAUGAAGUAAAACGUGGUGUCUUACUGAUGUUGUUUGGUGGUGUUCCUAAGACAACAGGGGAAGGGACCUCUCUUCGUGGGGACAUAAAUGUUUGUAUUGUUGGUGAUCCAAGUACAGCUAAAAGCCAAUUCCUCAAGCAUGUGGAUGAGUUCAGCCCCAGAGCCGUCUAUACCAGUGGCAAAGCUUCCAGUGCAGCGGGCUUAACAGCAGCUGUGGUGAGGGAUGAAGAAUCUCAUGAAUUUGUCAUUGAGGCUGGAGCAUUGAUGCUGGCUGAUAAUGUAAGGACAUUGUACACUACUAACCAGUCAGAAUACCCUUUGACUUGCCAAUAA